AUUCCUUCCCAAAGAUUAUGGGCAUAAUAAACAUAGUUAGAAAAUCGUAUUCUUUGUGGUACUUGUAUCAUAUUCAUUUGGGUGGCACUUAGAUCUUCCUCCUACCCCUUGGUUCCUCUUUCAUUCGAAACCUUCCCAAACAAAUCAUAACAAAAGCUAUUGGAAACACCGAACAAAGGUGGAGAAUACACUGUGUUGCAAAUGAACAAGCUAAAAAUUUGAGUACAAAUCAACAUUCCGGCUAUUAUAAGCCAAGUUCUUGGACUCACGAAUUCGUGAUGUCUCUCAUGAAUGAUAGUGGGAAGAAAGUUCCGAAGGAUAGUAGCAUAAGGGAGUUGGAGGAGUCAGUGAAGUACAUGCUUGAUGAUGAAGAUGCGGAGCCAUUGGACAUACUUCAAUUAAUUGAUGAAAUCCAACGUUUAGGCUUGGGAUACCGUUUCAGAGAGAGUACAAAAUGUGCCCUCGACAGAAUUAUCGUUUCAGAAAAAGUGAUGAAAAAAAUGAACCAUUGUAUUCAUACUUGUGCUCUCUACUUUACCCUCCUUAGACAACAUGGAUACAAGGUUUCUGCAGAUAUUUUCGAGAAUUUCAAGGACCACAAUGGCAACUUUAAGGGACGCCUGGCCCAAGAUGUUCCAGGAAUGUUAAAGUUGUAUGAAGCUUCACAUGUUGCAUAUACUGGAGAGAAUAUAUUAGAUGAGGCAAGAGAAUUCACAACUAUGAACCUCAAAGAAAUGCUGGGAAAAACUGACAUGAAAAUGGGUGCACGAGUGAGACAUGCCUUGGAAAUUCCAUUUCAACGAAGAAUGCAGAGGCUAGAAGCGAGGUGGAAUAUUGAAGCAUGCACUAACAAUGAUGAGGCAGAUCAACUGCUACUUAAAUUAGCAAAAUUGGAUUUCAACAUGGUCCAAUCCAUGCUCCAAAGAGAUCUGCAACAAGUCUCAUGUUGGUGGAAGGAUGUGGGCUUAGCAAAUAAGUUGUACUUUGCAAGAGACAGGCUGAUGGAGAGCUUCUUUUGGUCAGUUGGAAUGGUAUUUGAGCCACAAUUUAGUGAAUGCACAAAAGGUUUAACCAAAGUGGCGAAGCUAAUCACUAUUAUAGAUGAUGUUUAUGAUGUUUAUGGCUCUCUUGAAGAACUUGAACAAUUUACAGAUGCUAUUGAGAGAUGGGAUAUCAAUGCUUUGCAGCAUCUUCCUGGCUGCAUGAAGAUAUGCUUUUUAGCUCUUUACAACACAGUUAAUAACAUGGCAUAUGAUGUUCUUAAGGAACAAGGUCAGGUCAUCCUUCCUCAGCUCGCAAAAGUG